CUUCGCAGAAACCACGUCGGAGUCAAAGAAAAGAGUUUCGCCGCAUUCCGUACGCGUUAGCAGUCCUCCAGAGAUAUCUAAAUCGCCGCGAUUUCGCCUGAUCUGCUUCCAGGGUGUACGUUUUAGCUAAACCUUCCUCUCGGCAUCUCUGUAUAAAUUUGCUGGAGUAGAAGAAAACGGGUUGUCAAGUCGAAGAAGAAAACUUGGCAAGAACCUCGGAGAAGUCCUGUCAAGAGAGGAAAGAAAAAACGCGACUGCUUCGCAGGAUCAAGUCCGUCUCAGCGUGAGGAAAUCCAGCGGCGCCAGAAUGGCUUACCAGGCGGGACAGGGCUUCGGCAGGCCCGAGGGGGAGGACGCGUACGGUCCGGCGGGGCUGCUCGCCAUACCGGGACCGGCGGUUAGCGGGAGUCCGCCCGCGCCCAGGCAGCACUCCAUCGCCGGGAUACUGGGCGCAGCGUCGCCGCUAGACACCGCAGCCAAGUCCGGUGAGAAAAAUGACGGCCAUCACUCCACCAGUGACGACGAGAACAGGGUCCCCCUGACCAGCGCCGACCCGAAGCCGGCAGACCCCGCCUCGCCCGGCCGGGACCGGGAGCCCGGGGACGACUCCUCGGAGGAGAGCUCCUCUCACGCCGCCGGGGACAAGAAGAAGAAGCGCAGGAACAGGACCACUUUUACCAGCUUCCAGCUGGAGGAGAUGGAACGCGUGUUCCAGAAGACACAUUACCCGGAUGUGUACAUGCGCGAACAGCUGGCUCUCAGGGCGGACCUCACGGAGGCCAGGGUGCAGGUGUGGUUCCAGAACCGGCGCGCCAAGUGGCGGAAGAAGGAGCGGUUCCAGCAGAUGGCCGGAAUCCGCCAGGUGGCGCUCGGCGCGGAUCCGUACGACAUCACCAUGGGACAGAGGCAGAACGGGUACACACAGGCGCAGCCCGCCCAGUGGACCACCACGACUAACGCGUCCUGCAUGGCCCCCCAGUCCAACCCCGCCAGCUUCAUGGGCGUGGCCACGCAGGCGCACUCCUACCUGACCUCCGCCUCACCACCAACAACCAAUGAGGACACGUACCCGAGUCACAUGACCACGUCAGCUGGACAGUUCUUCCCCAGUCCGGAAUCGGACAGGCGAACGUCCAGUAUCGCCGAGCUGAGACUAAAAGCCAAGGAACAUAGUGUAGCCAUGGGGCUAUUCGGGGGCGUCUAUGUGCAGUGAUUAUGUAGGAAUUACAUAGGAAUUAUUAAGGCAUUCAAUGCAAUUUUAGGGCCGCAAAACUAGAAAUAUUCUGAAUAAGGCAA